GCGGGCCCGCCGCUCUUCCCCAUGGGCAGCCGCGCGGCGGACGGCGCGGCGCCGGAGCGGCCGCCAGAGGAUGGCACGCCAGAAGCACCUGGUGAGGAGUCGAGAAGGCUCACCAGGCAGCAGCUAUUUACCAUGGUUGCAGCAGCUUCCAUAAACUUCAGCUCAAUGAUAUGCUAUUCCAUCCUGGGACCCUUUUUCCCUGGAGAGGCAGAAAAAAAAGGUGCCAGUAACACAGUUGUUGGCCUGAUUUUUGGAUGUUUUGCUUUGUUCAAUUUCUUGUCUUCUUUAAUCUUGGGAAAUUAUCUCACAAAGAUUGGAGCAAAAUUCAUGUUUGUGUCAGGGAUGUUUGUUUCAGGAUGUGUAACAAUUCUGUUUGGAAUGUUGGACAAGGUGCCAAGUGGACCAAUGUUCAUUGGUUUCUGCUUUUUAGUAAGAGCAAUGGAUGCAAUAUCUUUUGCAGCAGCAAUGACAGCAUCAUUUUCAAUCCUUGCAAAGGCAUUUCCCAAUAAUAUAGCUACUGUCCUGGGCAGCCUUGAAAUUUUUACAGGGCUUGGUCUGGUGCUGGGCCCACCUUUAGGUGGCUUUUUGUAUCAAUCCUUUGGUUAUGAGAUCCCUUUCGUUACGCUGGGAUGUGUGGUGUUGGUCCUAGUGCCUGUGAAUAUGUGCUUAUUACCAAAAUACGAUUCGAUCCCUAGCAAGGAGUCAUUUUGGAAGCUCUUUCUUCUGCCAAAAGUCUUAUUUCUCUGUUUUACUAUAUUUUCUCUAAGUGCAUGCUUGGGCUUUUUGGACCCCACAAUGUCUCUAUUUAUCCUAAAGAAGUUUAAACUCCCAGCUGGAUAUGUGGGCUUAGUGUUCCUGGGUUUGGCACUCUCGUACUCCCUGUCUUCUCCCCUCCUUGGACUCCUAAGUGACAAAAUGCCACGCAUCAGGAAAUGGCUGCUGGUAUCAGGAGGCCUAAUAACAGCCCUGUGCUUUUUCUUGUUAGGACCCGCUCCUGUACUGCACAUUGAAAGUCAGUUGUGGAUGUUUGUCCUAGUGCUGGUUUUGCUUGGCUUUUCCCUCGGAAUGAGCGCUAUCCCAGUAUUUCCAGAGAUACUGCAGUGUGCAUAUGAAAAUGGAUUUGAAGAAGGGUUGAGUCUACUGGGGCUGGUGUCUGGGCUCUUUAAUGCCAUGUGGUCCCUGGGGGCAUUUAUAGGUCCCACUUUAGGAGGAUUUCUAAAUGAAAAGCUGGGUUUUGAAUGGGCGUCAGCCAUCCAAGGAGGAUGGGCAGUGUUAAGCGGACUUGCAACUGGAAUAUAUUAUAUUGCUGAGGCCACAAGGAAAAGCUCCAGUUCCAGCCUGCAAAGCCCUCCUAGUGAUAAUGAAGAAGGAACUCAUCUAUUGGGUAGUGAAACAUAACCAGAAAUGAUUUUGAUUCUCUGUUUAUUAUUGUGGUUUAACUUAAUGUUGAGGUGAGUGGGCUUAACAGUGUUCUGUUGUUCUGGACUUGGGAUACGUGAUCUCCCUACUGAACAACCAGUUGUGGUUUAGUUGGAGCUGCCUCACUGUUUUGAAACACUUAACACUGACUGCCUUUCUUUUGGAAGUCCUCGUGUGGAUUGGCUGCACUGAUGAGUAGCCCUCAAAUGUCAGCCUGUUUAAUUGUAUUCCACAUACAGUGUACCACUGUAUGUAAAGAGGUGCAUUUUCAAAUGUCUGGCUUCUGUACUUGAGCCUGCUGUGCAUUAUUCUUGGAUAAAGCUAUUAUUUUGCUACUACGAUUUUCUCUAUUUUUUUAGAAGAAAGACUGUCUUGUAAUACCUUAACUGACACUGUAAAAUGUUGAAACAGAAUUUGAAGUGGCAAAGCAUUUAAGCACAAUGCUGUUUUCAAUAAAGCAACUUUUUUCUUUUCCUAA